AUGACGGUAACACCAGUUAAGAAGGGCACGAAGAAACCGGGAUCGGGCUCGGGAUCCCUGAAGAUGAAGCAACUGUCAUUGAUGUCAUUCUUCAAGCCCGCAGCCGCUAAGACGCCUUCGUCUCCAUUGAAGGCCAAAAAUGAACCCCUACACGCAGAGAGCGAUAAAGAAAACGAUCUGAGCAUGAUGGAGGACGCUACAACGGAGACGCCGUUGACCCUGGAAACAAAUAAUGUAGUGGAUAAACACCAGGAGCCAAACCUCCACUCUUCUCCAGUGAAAAGGGAGCCUCCUACAGAGACAAAGCAACCACAAAAGCCCAGUAAUAAAGUCACUUCACGUCGCGACAGGAGUAUCAGCUAUGCGGAAUCAGACGUUUCAGACGAUGAAGAUAUACCCAGCCGAAGGAAGCGGAGAAGGGUUGUUGAAAGUGACGACGACGAUGAUGAGUUCAAGCCAGCAGAUGACGGUGAAGACGAUGACGACGAGCACAUGAGUGACUUUGUUGUCAAUGAAAACGAGAGUGACGUUGCACUGAUGAGUGAGGACGAUGACGACGACGAGGACACUUACACAUCCAGAAAAGUUUCGAAGAAGAAACGGGGUUCUGAGAGCGUUUCGUCAAGGUCACCUUCAACCAAGCCUAUUGAUCUUUCCACGUCACAUUUGGGGUCCAAGUUCACCUCUUCUUCAAGUUACACUGCUCUGGUGUCUAAUAAGCCAGCAGUUAAGCCAAAACCCCAAAAGAGAACCUUCGCUAAGGAAAAUGAGGAGAGAUAUCAGUGGCUCGUCAACAUUCGAGAUGCUGAAAAGCGCCCCGUGGACGAUCCCAACUACGAUUCUCGUACGUUGUACAUACCUUCGUCGGCUUGGGCCAAAUUCACUGCUUUCGAGAAGCAGUAUUGGGAGAUUAAAAGCAAGAUGUGGGACACCGUUGUAUUCUUCAAGAAAGGAAAAUUCUACGAGCUUUAUGAGAACGACGCUAUGAUAGCCAACACUCAGUUUGACUUGAAAAUCGCCGGCGGUGGCAGGGCAAACAUGAAGUUGGCAGGCAUUCCUGAAAUGUCAUUUGAAUAUUGGGCAAAGGAGUUCAUCAGCAAUGGCUACAAAGUUGCAAAAGUUGAUCAAAAGGAAUCACUUCUAGCAAAGGAAAUGAGAGGUGGUGGUACGAAGGAGGAGAAGAUUAUCAAGCGAGAGCUCACUGGUAUCUUGACAGGAGGUACGCUUACAGAUCUUGAUAUGAUCAGCGACGACAUGGCCACAUACUGUCUAUCGAUCAAGGAGUCUACCACUGAAGACGGAGAGAAGAUCUUCGGAGCCUGUUUCGUUGACACCGCCACAUCCGAAGUCAACCUCAUUGAAUUGAAGGAUGAUGAGGAGUGUUCAAGACUAGAUACUUUGAUAACUCAAAUUAAGCCAAAAGAGAUUCUAUGCGAGAAAAAUAACUUAUGCUCUGCCGCCAUCAAAAUCAUCAAGUUUAAUGCCCAUAACUCACAUCAAAUUUGGAAUCACCUCAAUCCGUUUUCUGAGUUCUGGGAUUACGAUACCACAGCCGAAUCGCUUGCCAAAGGAAAAUACUACGAAGCUCAAGAUCUCGACGACUAUUCCAACUAUCCGCAAGUUCUUCUCGAAUACAAGGAUAAGCAUCAUGUUGCAUUUAAUGCCUUUGGCGGAAUGCUCUACUACCUUAAGAUGUUAAAGCUUGAUCACAGCAUAAUGUCUCUUGCAAAUAUCAAAAGUUAUGAAAUCUCCAAGAGGGACUCCAAUCAUAUGCUCCUUGAUGGUAUUACCUUGACAAACCUUGAGAUGUUGAACAACUCAUUCGAUGGUGGGGACAAGGGCACUCUUUUUAAGCUUCUCAACAGAGCGAUUACGCCCUUCGGUAGACGCAUGCUCAAGAGGUGGGUGCUCCAUCCACUUAUGAACACAGAGGAGAUCAAUGCCAGAUAUGACGCAAUUGACUUCUUCAUUAACAAUGAACCUGAGCUUCGAGUUGAACUUGAAUCUACUCUUGGAGCUCUUCCAGACUUGGAGAGACUCAUUGCUAGAGUACACGGCAGAACGUUGCGUUUUAGGGACUUCUUGAAAGUUGUUGAGGGGUUCGAGGCAAUUUCCAACCUUUUCAAGGCUAUGGAUAAAGUCGAUCUUGCAAAUUCUGGUGCGUUGAAGAAGUAUGUAAAUCGGUUUCCUACAGAGGUACAUCAGCUCAUAAAGUCAUGGGAAGAAGCCUUCGAUAGACAGGAAGCAUUGGCGAAUGUUGUUGUUCCCGCAAAGGGGGUUGACGAGGAGUUUGAUGCGUCCAUUGCCUCAAUGGAUAAUUUGGAGAGCCAGCUCAAUGACUAUCUCAGACAGUAUAAAAAAGAAUACAAAUCUCAUGAGAUUUGUUUUAGAGACUCGGGGAAGGAAAUUUACCUCAUCGAAAUGCCAAUCAAGAUCAAGUCGAUUCCAAAGGAUUGGCAACAAAUGGGCGCAACAUCCAAGGUGAAGCGGUACUGGUCACCCGAGGUAAAGACUACAGCUAGAAAACUUAUGGAACAGAGAGAACUACACAAGUCAGUUUGUGAAAACUUGAUUCUGCGCAUGUAUGAAAAAUUCGACAAGCAUUACGAAUCAUGGAUGUCGGCAAUUAGCAUCACAAGCAGUAUAGAUUGUUUGAUAGCUCUCACCAAGACAUCCGAGACAAUCAGCUAUCCUUCGUGUCGACCAAAAUUUUCUACUGAUGGAAGGUCCAAGAUUGACUUCAAAGAAUUGAGACAUCCUUGUUUCCUUGGCACCAACGAUUUUAUUCCAAAUGACGUUGUUCUUGGUGGAGACGGAGCCAACUUCAACCUUUUAACGGGCGCCAAUGCGGCAGGCAAGUCCACGCUUAUGAGAACCACGGCGUUGGCUGUUGUUAUGAGUCAAAUCGGAUGCUAUUUGCCAGCGUCAAGUGCUCAAUUGACCCCAGUGGACAAGAUCAUGACGCGUUUAGGUGCGAACGACAACAUUAUGCAAGGAAAAUCGACUUUCUUCGUCGAAUUGUCAGAAACGAAGAAGAUCUUAAGCAAUGCGACAUCCAACUCGCUUGUCAUUCUAGACGAAUUGGGAAGAGGAGGCUCAUCGAGUGAUGGGUACGCCAUUGCCGAGGCCGUGUUGCACCAUCUUGCUACACAUGUUCAGCCACUUGGGUUCUUUGCUACGCACUACGGUAGCAUGGGUCUCUCAUUUGUUAACCAUCCUCUGAUCAAGGCUAUGAGAAUGGGUAUUAUUGUCGACCGAAACUCUAGGAAUAUCACAUUCCUAUAUAAGCUCGAAGAGGGCACUGCAUCAGGGUCGUUUGGUAUGAACGUUGCAGCCAUGUGUGGCAUCAACUCAGAAAUUGUAGAUAAAGCAGAAGUGGCUGCAAAAGAGUUCGAGCAGACCUCCAAACUCAGGGAUGAGCAUGAAAAGCAGCAUAUUAGCAAAAUGAGCAUUGGCCUCCAGAGCGACUUUUCGUGGGCUUACAAUCGCUACAACAAUCUUCAAGAGAGUAUGUUACGGUACGAAGAAGCAGAGAAAGUGCAUGCUCUCGAAUGUGUGUUCCGCAUGAUCGAAACUCUUUAA